CAUAUGGCAAAAAACGAUUUAGGGUCACACCACAAUUCGCCAAAACAAAAAACUUAUUUCAAAUUUCGUACAAUUUCGUCAGAAUUUGGAUUGCUUCCAAAUGCCCGAUCAGUUGAUAAGCUGAGAUGAUGGCAUCUACACCACUCCUUACCCUAAGCUGGCUGCUUCUACUGGGCAGUGCAGUGUGUUCUACAAAUUCUAAUCUCAAGAUAAUGGAACGAAUGCUUGGAGAUAUGGAUGAGAAAGCCGAACCCUGUCAGAAUUUCUACAACUCAUCUCAAAAGAAUCUUCAAUGGGCUGAAUUUCCGACGGUGAGCGAAGAGUUCCAACUCCUGUUCGAUGGAAUAGAGAACGAGGUGUUUAAGGAGCACAGCUUCGAGCACAAGUUACAACGUUUCUACAAAAUCUGUUUGACUAAGGAAAGACCCAGUCAGCUCAAGUUUUUUGAGCUGGUGCCACUGGGAGAAGAUAUCAACUGGCCCUUUUUGACGCCCGCCGGAAGCGAGUGGCCAAAGGAGAAGUUCCAGUGGACGGAGGCACUGGCUCAACUGCGUCGGUAUGGCAUAAAUGACGUCAUGUUCGGAAUGAGUGUACGGCCGGAUGCGGACAGUGGCCAGCCCAUAGUGAUCUUUGAAAAAAAGUACGAUUUUUUAUUGCGGUUCAUGGAGUCGAUGCAAAAUGUUGGUCUUCCUCCCCAUUUGGCAAAGGAGAUAGCGCCCCUGGACAAGAUCCUGCGAGAAGUGUACACAUUAGAUAUGGAGUGGGAACACAAGGGAAACCGUGCACCUGGCCACCGGAUAAGUCUGCGAGAGCUGGAAAAUUAUGGGGUGUCCCUAACCAAGUAUCUUGAGAUCGUCUUCAGACGCCCCUUUUCGCCGGAUUUUGUGGUGCAGGUGGAUAAUCUUUACUACUUAAUGGGGCUCCAGGAGGUCAUGACUACCGUCCCCAGCCAUGUGGUGGCCAAAUAUCUGGCGGCACGCUUUAACUUCUAUAUAGUGUUCACGUUUAUGAAACACGGAGGAUCAUGCGUGACUUCAAUGCGUCAUACCAUGGAAUUCGCCAGUAAUCUGCUGUUCGAGGAGCGAGUUCUGGGACGCAAAAAGCUACGUAGCUAUCAAAACCAGGCUGGAAAAAUAUUUGAUGCCAUGCGCAAGCAGCUACACAUCAGACUCGAAAGAAACUCCCUGGAGCUGCCAGCCGCUGAGAUUUCCUCCCUGCAGAAGAAGUUGAAUGGUUUGAGCCUGAGCAUCGGCAAUCUGCCGGGAAAAGCCGGUCAUCGACGAUUCGUAACCCGAUUCUACAAGGAUCUUGAGUUUGCAGACGACGAGACGUCUGCGACUGCCCAUCUGAAGGUUUUGGAACACCGAACACGUGCCGAGCUGAGGCUACUGGACCAAUCGAACUUCAACGAUAGGCGGUACGUGCUCCACUAUAUACCCAUUUCGAAUAAUUUCUUCGAAACUGCGAUCGAGGAAAAUGGAAACACGAUUUAUGUGGCCUACGACCUCCUGGCAGAUGCUUCCUUCGACCCCGACAGCCAUGAAAUCUUUAAAAUGACUCCCUUGGGCAUCCGUUUUGCCUUCGAGAUGCUAAAAAGUCUCAAUCUUUAUAAUUGCAAACGGUAUAAACUGAAUAUGCUCAAAAUGUUCGAUGAUAACCAAAUUAUCACAGCCGGUGACGAUUGUCAAUCGGUUGUAUGGUCUCAAGAGAUGGCGGAUAGUCAACGCGACCAGUACCUCGUAAUGCUUCAAUUGGCCUACGAAGCCUACUUUGCAGAGGAUUCCAAGUUCAGCCAGAGGCAGCCCAACUUUACCACAAUACCGCUGAGGAAGCUGUUCUUCUUCAGGUUUGGCCAGAGUUCCUUCGGAAAAACGCUGUAUUCCAUCAGCGAUUUCGUCGAGGGCGGUCCACCCAUAAAUUCCUUCACAAGGAUGCCUGUUUUUGUCCGCGCCUUCAACUGUUUGGCUCCGGAACAGGAGCUCAAAUAGUAUUAGGUCAUUCUUCGACCAAGUACAUGCCCACAUAUGUAUUAGAACAACAACAAAUUAAUGCAUUUACUACAUGUUCUACCUUAUUUUACACAGUGAUA